AUGGGCGUCCCGGCGUUCUACCGGUGGCUGGCGGAGAAGUACCCGAUGGUGGUGGUGGACGCGGUGGAGGAGGAGGCCGUGGAGGUGGAGGGCGUGAAGGCGCCGAUAGACACGUCCAAGGCCAACCCCAACGGCCUCGAGUUCGACAAUCUCUACCUCGACAUGAACGGGAUCAUACACCCCUGCUUCCACCCCGACGACAGGCCCUCGCCAACGACAUUUGCUGAGGUCUUCCAGUGCAUGUUCGAUUACAUAGACAGGCUCUUUCUCAUGGUUCGCCCUCGCAAGCUUCUGUACAUGGCCAUUGGUGUGUGGCUCCUCGUGCUAAGAUGA